AUGGCCUCCGAUGACCUCUCCACCUUGCCCGCCGAAGAUGAGAAGUACGGCUUCCAGAGAUCAGAGAUGUACGAGACCAAGCUCGCCGGUACCGUUGACGCCUACGACCGCCACGUCUUCCUCUGCUACAAGACCCCUGAGGUCUGGCCCUCUCGCGUCGAGGGCUCCGAGUCCGAUCCGCUACCUAAGUUCUUCGCCUCUGCUCUCAAAGCUCGCAAGAACGACAUCGCUGUUAAGGUCCGCACGAAGCUGACAGUAUGUGAAGGACGCGAAGGAACUGAGUUUUCCGAUGGCGAUGUGUUGAUUUUCCCAGAAAUGAUCAAAUACAGGGGAUUGAAAGAGUCAGAUGUGGAUAGCUUCGUUGAUGAUGUCCUUGUGAAUAAUAAACCAUGGGCAUCUGGAGUGCACGAGGCUUUGACCGGCUCCCAUGUAUUUGUAUGUGCACAUGGUAGUCGAGAUCGAAGAUGUGGUGUUUGUGGACCUGUUCUCAUUGAUAAGUUCAGAGAGGAGGCUGAAUUGCGAGGACUUACAAAUCAAGUGUUCGUUAGUCCUUGCUCUCACGUUGGAGGCCACAAGUAUGCUGGGAACUUAAUCAUCUACAGCCCAGGUUCGGAUGGAAUCCUAACAGGCCACUGGUAUGGCUACGUCACACCUGAUGAUGUGCCGGAAUUGCUUGAUCAGCAUAUUGGAAAGGGAGAGAUCAUAGAACGACUUUGGAGGGGCCAAAUGGGAGUAUCUUCUGAAGAAGGUGAAAAAAUUAAUGACCAGAAGCUCCCAAAUGGAGAAGAUAAUAAGAAAAGUGAGGAGAAGCCCCAAGAAAAUGGCAACCAGAUUCAGAAUAAUGAGAACUUCUCAGGCUGUUGCCAGGGUGCUAAUGGAUUUACAUGCUGCAAAGAUGUAAGUUUGGAGCAGAACAGUGGAAGCGAGGAAAAGAAACUGAAAGAAACCACAGAAGCAUGUGGCAAGAAGGAUGCCUUGGGCAGGCUGUCAAGCUUGAUCGGAAAAUGGGAGCAAAGUGAUGUUCUUGCAGCUGCAGCCGUGGUUGGAGCAGUGGCAACAGUGGCUGUGGCCUACAGCCUUUAUAGAAGGUCAGGCUGA